UUUACAUCCACACUAGUAUGGUGCUUAUUGCUCAACUCUAAUAUAUUGUGGUGCGAAUGAACUAACAUUUCUUUAAAAAAAUGGGUGUACCCGCAUUCUUUAGGUGGUUGAGCAGAAAAUACCCAAGCGUUAUUAUUGAAUGUAAUGAAAACAAGCAGAUUGACCCAGAGACAGGGAAAAAUUUGUAUGAGGAUGCUACACUUCCAAAUCCUAACGGCGUUGAAUUUGAUAACCUAUAUCUUGAUAUGAACGGAAUUAUUCAUCCUUGUACACAUCCUGAAGACAAGCCUGCACCAAAAAACGAAGAUGAAAUGAUGAUAGCUAUUUUCGACUGUAUUGACCGUUUGUUUGGAAUCGUUCGCCCUAGAAAAUUAUUGUAUAUGGCCAUCGAUGGAGUUGCUCCUAGAGCUAAAAUGAAUCAACAACGUUCAAGGCGAUUUCGUGCCGCAAAAGAAGCUAUUGAAAAAAGAUUGGAAAUAGCGCGGAUUCGAGAAGAACUUCUAUUACGAGGUUGUAAACUUCCGCCUGAAAAGGAAAAUGGUGAACAUUUUGACUCAAACUGCAUUACUCCAGGAACACCGUUUAUGGAUAAGCUCAGCAAAUGCCUGCAUUAUUAUAUACAUGAACGCUUAAAUAAUAAUCCAUCGUGGAAAAGUGUGAAGGUUAUAUUGUCAGACGCUAAUGUGCCCGGGGAAGGAGAGCAUAAAAUAAUGGAUUACAUCCGGAAGCAACGGUCGCAACCAGAUCAUGAUCCCAAUACACAACAUGUUCUUUGCGGCGCAGAUGCAGAUCUAAUAAUGCUCGGCUUAGCAACCCAUGAGCCCAACUUUACUAUAAUUCGGGAAGAAUUCCUGCCAAACAAGCCCCGACCAUGCGAUAUAUGUAAUCAGUUUGGUCAUGAAAUGGACAAAUGUGUUGGACUUAAUGUAACAACACCUGCAAAUUUUAAGCCAGAUGUACCAGUGGGGGGUGAGGUUAAAUUUAUUUUUGUCCGCCUGAGCGUUUUAAGAGAAUAUCUUAAAAAGACUCUUGAAAUGCCAAAUCUGCCUUUCAAGUAUGAUUUUGAACGAGCCUUAGAUGACUGGGUGUUUAUGUGCUUCUUUGUGGGAAACGACUUUUUACCUCACUUACCAAGCUUAGAAAUUCGAGAAGGUGCCGUGGAUAGAUUAGUAGAGCUUUAUAAAAAAUGCGUUUAUAAAACUCAAGGAUACUUGACAAAUUCUGGGGAUGUUAACUUAGAUAGGGUCCAAUUAAUAAUGACAGAUUUAGGAAAUGCUGAAGAUCACAUUUUUAAGGACAGACAGAGGCGCGAGCUUCAAUUCAAAGCAAGAGAAAAACAAAAACAAAAAAGGGAAAAACGAAAUUGCAAUGCUUUAGAUCAGUCAGUGUUCGGUCCGACGGCCAUUGGUCCGAAUAGUUCGCAAUCAAAAAUUUUAAACUAUAAAAUUGAGGCAGCAGCUUUAAGGAUGAGUGAAGUGAAUAAUUCGCAUAUAGAUAGUGUUGAAGAUGAGAAUAAUGAUGAAGUGCGCCUAUGGGAAGACGGAUUUAAAAACCGAUACUAUGAGUCGAAAUUUGAUGUGAGUCCCGAAAACCUCAAUUUUCGUUAUGCUGUUGCACUGCAAUACGUAAGGGGCUUGUGUUGGGUUUUGAAGUAUUACUAUCAAGGAUGCGCUUCUUGGAAUUGGUACUUUCCAUAUCACUAUGCGCCGUUUGCAUCUGAUUUCGUGAACAUUCAAGGACUGUCUACAAUAUUUGAAAAAGGAACAAAACCGUUCAAUCCGUUGGAACAAUUGAUGGGUGUUUUCCCAGCAGCAAGUAGCUCACAUGUUCCUCAGCCGUGGGCUCAGUUGAUGUCCCGACCGGAUUCCACAAUAAUAGACUUUUAUCCCGAAGACUUUAAAAUUGAUCUUAAUGGAAAAAAGUUCGCAUGGCAGGGAGUAGCACUAUUGCCUUUUGUGGAUGAAAAAAGAUUAUUUAAAGCACUUUUGCCGUUUUAUAACAAAUUAACAGACGAAGAAGUUAAACGUAACAAACAGGGAGAUUGUCAUUUAUACAUUGGAAAACACAACCCACACUUUAAAGUUGUUCAAAAUAUCUAUGAAACAAAUUCCAAAUCAUUGAAGGAACUUACUGUAACAUUAGAUGGAAUGUGCGGAAUACUAUUAAUGUCGGAACUCAACACUUGUUUACAAGGCACUCUACAAUCACCUAUACCUGGUCUACCUGAUAUUAUGAACAACAAAAUUGUAACACUGCGAUUCAGGGAUCCUAAAUAUGAUGAUGACUUUACUUUUCCUGCCAAAAGACUUCCAAACGCAGAGGACCCUCCACAAGUUUUACCUAUUGAAAAUCACAAAAAUCGUGGACCUAUGAUAGGAUUUAACGUAAGCUUACCUAGAUCCUAUCUCCCACAAGAAGCCCAUCGAAUGGUAACAACCAGCAUGGGUAUACAAUAUAAUAGAGCUUACAACAAUAAUUGUAACAAUACUAGUAACUAUUCUAAUAGUUAUAGCUACAACCAAGAACAUGCACACUAUUCUCGGGGCGCUAAUUACUACAGACCUUAUAAUCCAAAUUAUAACUCCGGACAUCCUGACUCAAGCUCCCAUCAGCAAAGAAACUUUACCUAUGGACCAAGGAAUUCAAAUAAUCGGAACUUUCCAAGGGCGCCGAGGCCUCAUCAAUCCAAUUACAAGAGAUUUUAAGGAAAAUCCCAAACGUGUAGAUGGUUAAACAUUUUAUAUAUUUACUUUGAA